AUGGAAGGAGCGUCACAGGCCGAAGAACUUAUUUUGAGUCACUCAUUUUGCAGUUUUGAUAAUAUUACUGAACAUGAGCACGACCAGGUGAGAAGCUAGAAAUUAUUGAAGUAUAUUCUUUUUUUCAAUUUUAAAAGGGAUCAAAUCAAGAUUGAGAAAAAGCUAGUUUAGAGUUGAGGUUUUGAGAUGGAUAAAGCGGCAAGUUCGGGAAAAAAAAUCCUCCUUAUAGAAUGUUGAAACUAAUUUAUCUUUCUAAAAAGGUAGAUUUUUUUUAUUCAUUUUAUUCUUUUUGAUGAAACUCACUUCAAAGCAAAAGCUGUCAAUCCACAAAGACCUCAAUUUUUCGUUUCAGUAUUGAAUCUUUAAUUUUCACUCUCAAAGCCUGUUCAAUAGCCAAUCCGGAAAUUUCACCUUAACCUCUCAAAAAAUCAGGAUAUUUCGUAAUCCCCUCAUAGGGUUUCACCAGACUUCCUUGAAAAUUCCGAAAAUCCUGGCUUGUUCAUCUCCGUAGCCAAACCGUUUGCAGCAAUCGAUCGAUAUGGUCUUCUGGAGCAACGUCGCCGUCCUUCCAGUGAUCGCCCUGAUCGGCCUGUGCUGCAAUCUUCUCAACGUGGCGAUCCUGACGAGCAACCGGGCCGCCCGGCGGAUUCCCAGCUGGACGUUGCUCCUGGCCCUCGCCGUCUGCGACUGUCUCUUCCUCGUCUUCGCCACCCUCGACGUCACGCCGCUCUCCAUCCCGUCGUUGGCCUUCUCGCCUUCCUUCAACCACUUCUUCUCUCACGUCGUCUUGUACAUAAGGACCUUGGCUUCAACUUUCUACAAAAGCAGCGUUUUGUGAGUGAUCUUCAGCUAUUCCGUGGACACAGCCAAGAUUUCAGAAUAGUUUUGGCGUUCAACGUCGAGAGGUACAUCUGCGUCGUUUAUCCGCUUCGAUCACAUAGAAUCUGUACGAAUCGGACUUCCCGUAACGCCAUCUGCGCUGCGUGAGCUUUUGACUUUUGCCUUGAAUGAUGACUUUUGUUGAUUUGAAAUUUUGAUUUGAUUGUGCUUUUUGAUCUCUAUGUGACGUUCUUGUUCCUAGAAGUUUCAAUUUUCUAUUAAUUUUUUGAAGAAUAAGAGCACGAGCUGGGCAAUUUUAAGUCCUGAUGAAUGAGAUCUUUCUCAUAAAAAAAAUCCGGUUUUCUUCUGAAUUCAUAAACUAGUUGCAUUAAAAGCAUUUCAAAAUAACUCUUUUCUGGAAAAAUUUGUUAUCAUUCACGCCUGAAGAUGUCGUUCUUUUAUGUUCAAAAUUGAAGUCAGGGUGCUUAAUGAGAUUUUUCUUACGAUUAUUUUGUGCUUCACGAAGAAAUUCAAACUGUUCAAACCCCUUUUUCUAUCUUUUUUUUCCGGAACUGUUCAUCAAGAAACAGAAGCACGACUUUUCAGAAUCGCGAUAUCGUUUUUGUGUUCCCUACAGUGGCCACUCGCCUACGAAGUCCGUCACUGCAACCUUCCCGGCUCCAACGAAUACUACUAUGUCAUUCUUCUCACUACAAAUCAAGCCUUGAAGGUUCGUUUUUUCUUCCUUUCGAACUUCUAAAGAUGGGACUCUCACCAGACAUCACAGAGUAAUUGAGAAAAGGUUUCUAUCACCUGAAAGCCUAUUUUUAGACACGCGGAAACGUGCGAAAACCAGUUUCUACGACUUUUUUCUUGUCUAUUUCAUUCCAAAACCCAAGAGAGAAAAUUUGGUAACUUGAGAUGCGCUUUUCUUGAACUGGCGCCUGUAAAUUUGUCAAAUUCAUUGUGUACUUACUCCCGUGGCUUUUUUGAACCUCGGAAAUUCUACACCGCCGAAACUGUGACGAGUAGAAAACCUGUGAAAAAGAAAUCACAGUCAUAGCCAAAAAAAAACCUUGCUGAGGUUCUCUAAACGCCCUGACUAUAUUUAUAGAAAAGUAACAAUAAAAGGCUGUUUUCACAUUUUAGUUCCUUCAAGCAAGGUUUCUCGAACAAACUAUGAGAAAAGAAAUUUUUUAUGACUUCAAGUUUUUUUUCUUUCAACAAGAAGCGUUCGUUUUACACGCUUUUAAUCACUUUGUUAUUGUGGAGAGGAAGAAAAACACUCCAACUGGAGGAUGACAAAAAAAAAGAAACAAGUAGAAAAAUAAAUAACACUUUGAGGAUGUGUUGAGACACUUUUUAGGUUAAGGAAAUUUUCCCAUGAGAACGAAAACAUUUUGCAGUUCUACUACCGGACAAUGGACUAUGUCUCGCUUUUCGGGUUCAACGUCUUGCCGAUCCUCGGCCUGCUCUACAUGAACUGUCGUAUCAUCUUCACCUUGAGACGGGUUGUGGAUGAAGAUUCUCGACGCGACGAGGAGACGAAACUCGCCGACGGAGCUCUCGUUCAGCAGGUUCGCUACUGUUUUUUAAAAUAAAAAAACCGAUUUUACGUUCUAAUCUUCGGGAUUCAAAUCUUCAAAAGCUAGAAAGCACUGAUAAACAAGAGGGCAUUGAGAGAGAAAAAAAAGAGCGCCCUCUUAAUUUCGAACGCUCUUUAACUUUCGGAAACUCAAGCUCCGAAGAAAUGAACGGCGACUCAGAAAACUAUCGAGAAAAAAAUUCGUAAAAAAAUGUUUACAAAAAUCUUAUAAAUUACAGAACAUUAGAAAUUUGCUAAAUAGAAAAAAAGGGAUAAAAAUACAAACUCCAUUCCAGGAACAGAGCUUUGAAUUUAGAGUAGACUUUACUUCAAAUAAAAAGGAAAUCUUGAUUCAAAAGUACUUUUUAGGAAUCUUCUUCUUCAAGAACUCUGAACGCCAACGCGAUGCUCUUCGCCGUCGUCAUCAUGCUGUUGAUCUGCGUCGGUCCUCAGGCUCCUGCCAGACUUCUUUUCGAUAUUUAUGGCCAGUACCAUCCAAAAGCCAUCGUCUACACCUGCUUAACACAACAGGUAAAUAGGUUGCUCCAACCUCUUGAUUAAUAUUCCUUUUCAGCUCGUCUUUCUGAACGCUUCUUUGAACUUCUGUCUGUAUUGCGUGGUUUCCAAGCGAUAUCGCACACUGAUGCGACAGACUUUGAAACGGCUGAUAAGAAAGAUUGAAGGUGAGCUCAUUCCUGAGAGCUUCGCGAUUAAGUAGAGAUGUUACAGGUGUUUCCGACCGGCCAUUCCAGCUGAGUUUGAAAACGAAAAGCAGUUCGGCGCAUGCGACUUCCUUGGAAGAACAUCCGUCGCGAAACGCGAUUGGCAUGCAGUUGAUACCACAAGUUUGACAAUUAGAAAGCCUACUUAGAUAGUUUCGCUCAGAAAUGUCUGUAUUUAUUGUCCAGCAUAAUGUAAUAAGCUUUAACCCUCAUCGUUGUCCUCACAUUCCAUCACCUCCAUUUUCCUCGCUAGCGGCCCUAGUUUCAACUUCUUGCUUUAUCCUCUAUACACGGGUUUGAUUUCGAAAAAGUUCAGAUACAAGUUUGCAAUAAAUUUAUCUUUUUUUCUCAGUUUCUCGUGAAGCAAAAAUAUUUCUCUCCGGCCGGGAAUUGAACCCGGGUCUCGCAUGUGACAGACGCGGAUACUCACCACUAUACUACCGAAGAUGCUGCGUGGAGAGGGCCCAGAACUCAAUGUUAUCCUCUGCGAUAGGAAAGCGUUUUAUUUACCAGUCAACCAUUAG